AUGAAGUACAUUCUCACCCAAACCUACCUCGCCUGUGGCUUGCUGGCGCACCUCACCACUGCUGCCAUCGACCACACUUGCACCGACCUGGAGGUGAAGUUCGAUGGUGCUGGCUCGCCCAUCUUUCUGACUGCCAAGUGUCAGAACCGAGAGAACACAGCCACCCAGUGUAGCGAGCUCAAUCUCAACCUGUGCUACCGACUCCAGCUGGGCAGCUCUGUGGAUAAUCCAUCUAUCGCUGUCGGAAGUAACGGUGGCAAUUUCGGCCGCUACUGUACAGAUUGCGGCGCGACCAACUCUCCUGACCCUACGGUCAAGUACUGUACCUGUGUUGCUUACGAGGACAAUGGAAAGCUGAUCUACGGCGAGGUCGAGAUCGAUCUCAACGAGGGCACAAUCAUCCAGGACUCGAACGGCUUCCUGCAGUGCUUCGACCACACUGCCGCUGCCAUGGAUAACUGCUGA